AUACAACAUCUUUUUCGUGGUUGAAUUCGUAUGUUUGUAUCAAAACAGUUUCCCUCAUUGAAAUAAAAAUAAAGUUUAGAUUGAUUUACAGGACAAAUUUGAUUACAAAUUGCUAUCCUAUCUCGCGUCGUAGCCAUGGACAGUAAAACAUGUUUUAUGUGUGGUCAGAAUUCAGCGACAUUACACCUAACAUCGGAUUGUAGAGAUGGAUCGUCGGACCUUGGCAUCGGCCACAUUAUCUGUCAGCACUUUUGGUUUCAGGAAGAUGUCCUCCAAUCAGCCACCAUCUGUGAUCCAUGCUGGGACAAAGUGGACCAAUUCCACCGCUACUAUCAAGAGGUGAAGCAGUACCAUGAGCAAUUACUGGAAUCGAAUGCGAUUUUCAUCAAACAGGAGGAGACUGAGUUCGAGGCUGAAGAAAUCGAGCUGUUUGGUGGUGGGAUAGAUUUACAGCUGGAUGAUGGGACCCUUUCCGGAAAGGAUAGUAAAGUCGAGGUUGAAGAAGCUGCUACCCAAUCAGCGAUCGAAGAUGAUCACGUUGAUGAGAACUCAACCACUCCCAAAAAAGCUAAAAAACCGUCACUUACUGAACAGAGGCGUCAGGAGGAUGCUUUCAUCAACCAGCAUAGAUCCUACAAUUGUGACGAAUGUCCGGAAAAAUUCAAAAUUUUCUCUUCGAUCCUUCGCCAUGUGAGCACCGCGCACGGCCAGUCAUCCAUCAAGUGCUGCAAUAUCCGGUUCAGUAGUCGAUGCUUCCUGUUGCAGCACGUUCAGGCCGUGAUCAAUCCCGAUGCUUUCAAGUGUGAAAUUUGCGGCAAAUCGUACCCGUUCCAUGAGAGAUACAUUCGUCACAAACUGCAAGUUCACCCAACAGAAGAUCAACUCAUAUUCAAAUGUGAUCGUUGCCCGAAAAGCUUUACUUCGCGAAGCUUGCUAAAGCGUCACAUAGCGAGACACACCAUGCUGGAGAAUGAGGAAGCCAAAUGCGACGUAUGUGGCAAGUGCUUCCGAUCGAAGAUAUCUCUGAGAGAUCACAAGGAUGCCAUUCACGAGAAGAAAGCCAACUACAUCUGUGAGAUUUGCUCGAAACCGUUUUUGAAGCACCAGGUUUUCCUGGAGCAUCGUCAAACUCACGAUUUUACCGAGGGGCAGCUGAAACGGCAGUGUCCCAUUUGUAAAAAGUGGCAAAAGAAUCACCGUAACUGGAAGAAACACAUGGAUCGACACGAGAGGGCUGGAUCGUACAAGUGCGACCAAUGCGAUCACGUUUCCGUGAAUGCGAACGCGCUGAAGCAGCACGUGGAACGGCGACAUAGGAGGCAAAAGCUAGCCUGCGAUCUGUGCGGGAAGGAGUACUCGGGGGCGGUCACAUUGAAGGAGCACAUCGCCAAUGCCCACACGGGACAACCGUUGUAUCAGUGCUCGUUUUGCGACCGGAGCUUCUUCUCCAAUGCCAGUAUGUACGCGCACAGGAAGAAAGCGCAUCCGAAGGAGUGGCAGGAAUGUACGAAGGCUAAGUAUGGCAAUAAGGAAGCCGGAGAAGGGGUGGAGGAAUAUUUGGGUUAGUAUUGAAUUGUUUUUCUUCCGGCUCUGGUUUUACUGCUUAAAAUUAUUACAAUAAAGCUGUAACAUUUUCUAA